AGCUGUAUUAUCUCAACGAUAAAUUCUCAUUCAGAGCCAAAAUCCAAGCACGGCAAUAGCAUGCAUCUUCUUGAUCUUGAAGCCGUACAAACCAAUUAGCUCUGAAUCGACGAACGGAACAAAUACUCUUUCUUCAGCACCGCCCUCUUAGUCUCUCAUCCAUUAUUGUGUGGUCCUACUACUCUCAUCGAAAACCCUAGCUAGCUUCUGCAACGACGACCACGCGGUCAAGCAAACCCAGAUACGGACGCUAUCUCCUUCUUCUUUCUUCAAUGGCUGCUUCGAUUGCUCCAACUCUCCUCGUCAAUCCUAUCUGAAUGGAGUUUUGUUAAGGUUUUCCAUGCUUGUGGUGAAACAUAGUUUAUGUCCAUCAGUACAACACAUGUCAUUUAGCUUACCGCAUUUUCAAGAAGGAACGGAAAAGCGCUAUUCUUUUUACAAUUUUACGGAUGUUUUCCUUAUUCCCAAUUGUGCUGGUUGAGUUGGAUGGACAUUGCCACGCCGAGACUUGACUUGAAAUUCAAACAGAUUCUUUGCCUUUGUUAAUGGAGCAGCUGGGAAGUAUCAGCAUCAACGAGCACGUUAUUGAUGUAGCUGGGCAUGGUGAAGGGUCCCCAUCUACCUCAUCUCAUAGACUUUCAAAUGAAUUAAGUUUAUCACAACAAGAAGACAUAACUGCAAGUGCUGCAAGAAUUCUUGCGUCUCUUGCUCCAAUUUCUUCCUCUAAUGGAUCAAACUCUAGAAAUACCUCGUUUGUAAGGAGAGGAGAUACCCGCCGCCGUCGAAGUCCGUUGAAUUCUGGAUUAUGGAUCUCAAUUGAACUAGUUCUUACAGUUAGCCAAAUUAUUGCCUCUAUAGUUGUUUUAUCUUUGUCAAGGGAUGAGCGUCCGAGAGCUCCAUUAUUUGCCUGGAUUGUGGGCUAUGCAUCUGGAUGUGUUGCCAUCGUCCCUCUUCUUUACUGGCGUUACCGACAUAACAAUCCGCCCUCUGAGCAAGAUGUAGCUCAAUCACGUCAAAAUUCUCAGAUUACUGUAUCUGCAAUGCCAUUUUCUCUUUCAGUUAGUAGGUCACCUGAAGGAGAAGAUAGUCGAGGUGGCACUUCGUCUCUAAGAAGCCGACAGGGUGCGGAGAUAAUGAAUGCAAGGAUCAAGGCCCUUGUGGAAUACUUUAAAAUGGGAUUGGACUGCUUCUUUGCGAUUUGGUUUGUGGUUGGUAAUGUUUGGAUCUUUGGAGGACAUUCGUCUGCCAAUGUUGCUCCUAACUUGUACAGGUUAUGUAUAGUAUUUCUUACCUUUAGUUGUAUCGGAUAUGCCAUGCCUUUCAUUCUCUGUGCAACAAUCUGUUGCUGUCUACCUUGUAUAAUAUCCGCCCUUGGGUUUAGAGAGGAUUUGACACAUAACAGAGGAGCCACUUCUGAAUCAAUUGACGCUCUACCAACAUACAAGUUCAAGUUGAAGAAAAAUAGAAGCGGAAAUAAUAGAGACAGUAACUCAGGUGUCUCUGAAGGGGGAAUUAUUGCUGCAGGAACAGAGAAAGAGCGUGUGAUUUCUGGAGAAGAUGCGGUAUGCUGCAUUUGCUUGGCUAAGUAUGCGAACAAUGACGAGCUGAGAGAGAUGCCGUGCUCUCAUUUUUUCCACAAGGACUGUUUGGAUAAGUGGUUAAAGAUCAAUGCAACUUGCCCUCUUUGCAAGAAUGCUGUUGGUGAUGGCCCGUUUUUGGGAUCAUUCUCAGGAGGGAAUGCAGGCCACGAAAACAGUGAUAGCUAAGGAAAGGCAAUGGCUUUGGGGGUAUGUUGUCCAAGUAGGAUCACUUUCAGAGGGGAAUGCAGGCAGAAUUCCAUUAAAACAGGUUAAAGUUAGCUCAUCUUGGUCUGAGUUUAUCCGUUCAUAGUUUUAUCCUUUUCUUCGUUUUCCCCAGUUUGGGUGAGGCAAUAGGCAAUAGCUAGGGUAGGUAGUAGGCAAUUGCUUUUUAGUGGCAUAAAAUGGCAAUGUAUAGCUUUUUUUUUUUUUUUUUUGGUUGUUGUUAGAAGUUUGAGUUGAAAUGAUAUGCAGUAUUUAGUAUUUACACAGUACAGAAAUGUAAAGAAAUAAGAUGUUUAUCUUUUUUCUCAUAUACUACUAGUAUUACUGGAUGUUCAUAGUCCAACUUGGGUUCAAAUUAAUUACAAUAUCUAUAUGACGUAUUUACAAUUUAGUUGUCAUUCA